AUGGAAAAAGUAACUGAAUAUAUAACGAAGACAACAUUGUAUGUUGUUCCAUUGCUUGUAUCCAUAGCUUUCAUAUACUUAAAACCGAAUGAAGGAGUCAAUAUUCAUAAUUUUGUUUUCGUUAAAAAGCAGUAUUUUCCGCAAUACAAUGCUGAGGUAAUGCUAUACAAACACAAAUUGCAUGGAUGUCCAUAUAUUUACGUUAAAACUUCAGAUAAACAUAAUUUCUUUGCUACAACUCUUCGAACAACCUGUAUUGACAAUACGGGAUCGACGCAUGUUCUUGAGCAUUUAACAUUACAUGGUUCUAAAAAGUAUCCAAUCCCAUCUGUUUUUACAGAAUUAAUCAAAUCAUCUCUUGCAUCAUUCAUGAAUGCAUUCACAUCAGUAGAAUGGACUGCAUAUCCAUUUUCAACUACAAAUUACAAAGAUUUUCACAAUCUUUUAGAUGUUUACUUAGAUUCAGUUUUUAAUCCUAAGUUAGAAGAGAUUGAUUUCCUUUCAGAAUGUCACCAUCUUGAAUUUGAGCAACCAGAUAACUCAUCUUCAGCACUUAGACACUCCGGAGUCGUUUACAAUGAAAUGAAUGGAGCAAUGUCUAGUACAAGCCACUACUUUACAGACUUACUAAGGCAGAAAUUAUAUCCUCAUAGUCUUUUCCAUUUCAAUUACGGUGGAAAUCCACCGGAUAUCGCAAAUCUUACGUUCAAAGAUAUCCAAGAUCAACAUGAUCGAUAUUACAACCCUUCUAACGCUUUAUUCUUCCAUUACGGAAGCUUUAAUACUGCAGAAGUUAUGAAAAAACUUGAUUCUAUCAUUCAAAAAUUUGAACCAAAGAAUAUCACAAUUCCAGAAGAGAAAAUCAAAGAACCGAGAUGGGAACAACCAGUUACUAUUGAAGAAGAUGGUCCGAGUGAUGAUGAUUCCAACAGUUCUCGUGUCUCUUUGGCAUGGUUGGUCGGAGAUUUACGAAAUAUCUCUGAUGUUUUCGAUUUAAAGAUCCUUAACCUUCUUUUGAGUUCCACAGUUGUAUCACCAUUAUACCAAGGCCUAAUUAAGACAGGUUACGGCAAGAGUUUCACUGAAACAGGAUACAUGGAUUAUAUUAAAUAUCCAUAUUUCACGAUUGGACUUGCCGGAGUAUCCAAAGAUGAUGCAAAGCAGUUUAACAACAAAGUCAUUACUAUAUUGAACAAAAUCUAUAAAGAAGGUUUCGAUCCCGACCAUCAACGAUCAAUUUUACAUGCAUUAGAACUUUCUCAACGAGAAAUUUCAUCGAGUAUCGGUAUGGACAUCUGGAACAAUUUAGUUUCUAGUUGGAUCCAUGAUACAGAUCCAUUUCGGAUCAUUGACAUAAGAAGGGAAUUCGAAAGAGUCAAGAAGACACUGCAAAUACAACCAAGAUAUUUUGAAUUACUUCUUAAAACAAAAAUAAUUGAAAAUAGUCAUUGUCUGUUCUUAAUAAUGAAUUCAGAUCCGAAAUUCCUUGAAAAGAAACAAAAUCAAACAAAAAUUGAAAUGGAAAAAAUUAAACAAAAAAUGUCAGAAAAAGAGAAAAGUGACAUUGUCAAAUUGGCCGCAGAAAUUCGUGCAAGAAUUGAUGCUCCUAAACCACUUCACCUCCUUCCAACCGUAACAGUCAACGAUAUAAAUAAAACCGCCAAUUUAGAAGAAUAUGAAAAAGACGGAAAUAUUUAUAAAUUCAGAAGAACGAUGAAUGGUAUCGUGAAAGUACGUGUGCAAGGUGAUUUACCAUUGAAUCAUGAAUUGAUCAAAGAUGUUCCUUUGUAUACAACUGUUUUGAGUUCACUCGGUUGCGAUGACAUGGAUGAAAAUGAAUUUCAAAAGAAUGUGACACUUUUUACAGGCGGAAUUCAUGUUAAUUUGAAUGUGAUAAACAAACUGAAUGACGACAAAACACAUGGUGUUAUUACAUUAAGUAGUUAUUGUUUAGAUCGCGAUGCUCCGAAAAUGAUUGAAUUGAUGUCAAAAAUGAUUUUUAAGCCGCAUUUCAACAACACAAAAAUGAUUGAAACAAUGUUGAAAACAUCUAGUAUUAUGUUCAACGAUAACAUAAUAAACAAUGGCCAUAGAUAUGCUGCAAUGUUCAGUUCUGCAGCUCUUUCGAGAUCGAAUUCAUUGAGUGAAAUUUGGUUCGGUGUUUCUCAACAGAAAAAUUUGAAAUAUGUUUUACAAAAUUUGACAGAAUUGAAUCUACAAAAGAUUCACGAUGAAAUCAUCAUGAAGGCCAAUUUCUCUGCAUCAAUUCAUGGAGGAUACCAAGGUAUCAAUAGAUCCUUUGAUUUUGUCAAAGAUUUUGUUGAUGAAUUGAACAAAAAUGACAAAAAACUAAAUUCUGAAAAAGAUUUCAUUGAAGAAUUCUCACUAAAAAUGAAAGAAAAGAAGAAAACAAUUAUCUCUGUAGACUCACAAACUUAUUUCUGCUGUGUUGCCAUGAAAGGUCCAUCGUAUAACAAAGAUUUCGAAGAAAACAAUAAAAGAACAAUUACUAUUACUUUGUUAAAGAACCAGUUCCUUUGGGAUCUUGUUCGAGAAAAACUUGGAGCAUAUGGAGCUAUUGCAACUCACGAUAGAUGGACAGGAACAACUGUUUUGGCUUCGUACAGAGAUACAAAUCCUGUUGAGAUUUUGGGAGCUUUCAAAAAAGCUGUUGAUGAAGUAUUGGAAGGAAACAUAACAGAUGAAAUGAUUGGAAAGGCAAAGAUAACAACUUUCGGUGCUUUGGAUCAACCUGAGGCUCCUGCUGACUCUGGAUUGAACAUUUUCCAGAGAAACAUGGAUUUCGAAACUGAACAAAAAGUUCGAAAUCAAUUAUUGAGUGUUACAAAGGAAGAUAUCAUCGAACAAGCUAGAAAGAUGAAACAGGAAGAUUGGACAUAUUGUGUUGUUGGUUCUCCUUCUGUUUCUGAAAAACUUACUGAUUUCAUUGUUUAUGAAUUAUAA